CAACAUUAUGUGGACAUCAAGAUGGGCCUUCGCUGCAAUAUUUAUAGGAUGGAAUCUGCCCGAACACACCAGGCGCCCAGAGGACAUUGAAGUGUGGUCCUUAUGUAUCAUUUGCAGUCUGCAAGUACAACAGUGUCUAAGCCAUGCUGGUGGCCAAUUGAACUGCCGCAUAACAUAGUCUCGGCCGGUCAUCCUACAUCAACAUUGUCAACAAGAGAUUCCGCAUCCCUUCAAAAUUACAAGCCUGGACAAAGUGCACAUACUGGUGACGGCGAUAAUAGGCAUUAUAAUUUACAUGGGAUUAAUGGGAUCACUACUUAGUAUAUUGCAACCUUUACUAUGCAGGCUACUAUAAAGUACUGAAAUAGCGUGUGGAUGACAACGUCUCAUUAUUCAGCUUG